CCAACCAUAAUUACCCUGCCCAUAUGAUUGUGACUUCGAAACCUCCAUCCACUCUAGCUACUUAUUAGUUAUGAGUAGUAUUAAAAUAGAGCGGAUGUCCCAAACAAUUAAUUGUUUGCUACAUCACCAUUCUCUACUCCAAUCCAACUUCGGUGCCAUUCGGCCUAGGUUCUAUACUACAAACCAGACAAUAAACCCAUUACAAACACAUCAUCUUGAUCCUUAUACCUACACCAGCGGUCGUUGGCUACGCCACGACAAGAUACAGAUUGACUCCCGCUAUAUUGAGUUUGACUUCGAUGCGCUCUGUAGGAGGGUUAUUGAGCUGUCUCCAGGAGCUACUUCUAUAGCGACAUAUGACAAGAAAGAAGGCGGGUUCAAUAGGGUCUUCAUAUUUACUACUGAUAAUGGAAAAACUGUCGUCGCAAGAUUACCUUUCGCUUUCGCAGGACCUCCUAGUUUAACUACAAAUUCCGAAGUCGCAACUAUUAGGUAUCUACAAACCAAUACUAGUGUCCCUAUUCCUAAAAUCCUCGACUGGAGCGAUGAUCCCUCAAACGCCAUUGGCAGUGAAUACAUCAUAAUGGAACGCGCUGCCGGCACCCAGUUACAUCAAAAAUGGCCGACUAUGGCUAUCGGCCAGAAAAUAAGGUGUAGAGAUGCUAUCUAUCGGAAGCUAAAAGAAGUAGUGCGCAUUACAUUCCCUGCUUAUGGGAGCAUCUAUUUUGCUGACAGUUCUCUCGAUUCUACAUCCAAGCCUACAUCCAAGCGACCUCUUGAUCAGGACUUCUCUGUCGGGCCCCACUGUAGCUCAAGGUAUUGGGACUGCAAUGUUGGCGAAUCUAGAUAUUACCAUAAUACGAAACCUAAUCAGGGACCAUGGGAUGAUCUUACUACAUACUGCGAUGGCCUCGUCGAUAUCGGCAUGUCUAGAAUCCCACCAGUCAAUCCUGUGCCUGAUAACCUCCGUCGCUACCACGGAUCUGUUUCAACGCAUCUUCGUCUUCUAGAAUUUGGUCGCGCCGUUAUAAAUAAUAUGUGCAAAGACCAUCGGAUUCGAGAUGCAGCUGCACCAACUCUAUUUCACCCCGAUCUACAUAAAAGAAACAUAUUCGUUUCCGAUGAUGACCCCACUAUCAUUACAAGCAUUAUUGAUUGGCAGUCAGCUAGUAUUGAAGCAGCAUUCUGGUAUGCAGACGAAGUCCCGGACUUCGCAAUGACUUUGCCCCACCCGUCUCUCGAGACCCAACUUGAACCCAACAGUGAGUAUUGUGCGAAGGCAUUCAAAGUUGCCACUCAGUUCCACCUCCCAAAGUUGGCUAGGCCUAGGGUUAUGGAUGAAUCCCUUUUCCGCCCGUUCCGCUAUUGCUAUAGGACGUGGAAGGACGGCGUGGUGGCUUUUCGCCACGAGUUAGACAAAACUUCCAAAUGGUGGCAGGAGCUUGGUCUUGUGGGUUCCUGUCCAUAUCCCGUACCGACUGCCGAAGAGUUGGCUGUCCACCAAAAGGAAUACAAAUACUUUGAGGCUGCACAUGACUUGAGAAACCACGUAACGGGCUUGCUCAAUACAGCAUUCGACGACUGGGUCCCAGCAGAAGAGUGGGAAACUGCGAAGUUGGCUAACAAAGAAUUGUUUGGGAUGAUGCUGGAAACUGUCCUAAGCAUCGAAAAUCCGGAUGAUGACGAACCAUUAAAGGAUGAAGGGGACGUAAGGGAAAUUUGGCCCUUUGAAAUGUAGCAGACGAAACAUGCCCUACCGGGAUCAUAUCAACCUCAAUCGGAUUGUCUUCUGGGGAAUUGAUGGCUUGGAAGGGCGAUGAAUUGGCGAUAUCCCAGCUUCUCCAAUAUAUUUGCCUUUAACCCUCAAUCCUUGACCCUAGAAGGUGAAGCUGUUACCAGAGGGAAGAUAUGUAGUUCUAAAAAUCAUAAGAGACUAAAAAAUGCAG